CUCUUUUCUUGAGCACAUUUCGUUGUUCUUCGAAUUCUCUAGAAUUCUGGCUUUACAGUCUCGAUUUAUUGUAAUGGUAUUAUUUCUAAGGUGCCUUUUGUUGGCAGGAAUGAGAAUUAUGACAUGGGGUUGGGGAGCGCGGAGCUUUAGGAACUAUGAUCUCAAACAUCCAACGGUUGCUACAUGCAUGGAAUGAUCUGACCUGUUUAAAUGUACCAUGCUAGCGAAAAUAUGAAUAUCAGGAACUUGAUAUCUGUUGCUGACCAGCAUAUUGGUAUGGGUUGGGGUGUCCCCCUCCCAGAUGAGCUGAAAAAGCUUAGAGACACUUUGGACAGGAUUCAGCCUGUAAUAGGUGAUGCUAGAAAAAAGCAAGUGAACAAUGAAUCUGUGAGCGGCUGGUUGAGAAGGCUUCAAGAUGUUAUCUAUGAUGCUGAUGAUCUUUUGGAUGUGUACUCUUAUGAAGCCAUACGUCGAAAGGUGAAGGCGAGCGAGGGAAAUAUGGUACGACAAUUCUUUAUUUCAUCCUCCAACCCACUUGCAUUUCAUAUUAAGAUGUCUUCUAAAUUUAAGAAUAUCAAUUCGAGGUUAGGCGAAAUUAUUGCUGAUAUGGGUCAGUUUAAGUUUGAAAUCACUGGUAGUUUUUAUCAUGAUCAAACUCUUGUGCCCACAAACCAACCAAUAUCAUUCAUACCAGAUACUUCGAAAAUAUUUGGAAGAGAGACAGACAAAUCAAAUAUAAUAAGCAUGUUAAUGACGUCAACAUCUGCAUCAUUAGCAUCAUGUCUAGAAGAUUCUAUCAUAUGCAUAGUGGGUAUGGAAGGACUUGGAAAAACUUCCUUAGCUCAAGUAGUUUACCGGGAUAGAUUGAUACAAAGUAAUUUUGAACCAAGAUUAUGGAUUUGUGUAUCUAAUGAUUUUAACGUCAAAGAAGUCCUUAGAAAUAUACUGGUAACCAUUAACCAUACCAAGUGUGAUGAUUUUGAUACACUAAAAGAUGAGGAAAUUGUAGUUGAAGUUCAGGAAAAGUUGGCUGGGAAGAAAUACUUGUUUAUCUUCGACGAUAUAUUGAGUGCAGAUGCUGCUGAGUGGGCCAAAUUUAGGAGUUAUUUAUCUGUAGGUGCGCCAGGGAGUAAAAUUUUAGUCACUACAGGUAAUGGCGCAGUUGCAUCUCUUCUAAGCCCUAUAAUUCCACCGUAUGCUUUGCAGAAAUUAUCCCAAAAUGAAUGUUGGUCUAUUAUGAAGAACAAAGCAUUCUCUCCUGGUGGAGCGUCUGACACACUGGAUAUGGCAAAAAUAGGAAUUGAGAUUGCGGGAAAAUGUGAUGGUUCACCAUUUGCGUCAUAUUUUCUCGGAGGUCUCAUGCACUUAAAAAAUAGUGAGCCUGAUUGGUUGUCUAUUAGAGACAAUAACAUAUUAAGUAAACCAGCAGGCAUAUUAACUACACCAGCAGACAACAAGGAUAGAAUCAGGUCAAUAUCGAAAUUGAGCUUUGAUGAGCUUUCCCCAAAUUUGAAACAAUGUUUCUCUUACACCUCCAUGUUUCCUCAUGGUUGGGAAUUUGAUAGAGAAACAUUGGUUCAAUUAUGGGUGGCAGAAGGAUUCAUUCCUUUAUCUUAUGGUGAACAUCAAAAAUCACCUGAAGAUAUUGCAAAUGAAUACUUUCAUAGUUUGGUGUCUUGCUCAUUUUUUUAUGAUGUAAAGAAGGACGAAAUAGGUGACAUCCAAAAAUGCAAAGUUCAAGGUAUAGUGCGUGAACUUGCACUAGAGGUCGCCGGCAAUAAUGGAAUCUCGAGACAACAUAGAACCGAUGACAAAAGUCCAGAUGGAGUUCGUCGUCUGGUUUUGCAAGGAGGAGCAUCACAAGAUAAUUGCAGGGAGCUGCAUAAAUCUGACGGAUUACGGUCGAUCUUUAUCCUAAAGAACAGGCAUUCAGGAGUUAGCAAUAUACUGAGGAGCAAGCGGCUAAGGGUAGUAAGUUUUCUUGGUGAACGCAGUCCAAUUAUUGCUCCAUCUUUCGCUUCUAAACUUAAACAUUUGAGGUACCUCAAUCUCUCGCAUUCUGUAUUCAAAGAAGUAUCUGGAGCUUCUGUGAUAAGUGAAUUUUACAAUUUGCAGACACUUGUACUUCAUCGGUGCACUAACGUCCAUAUGAUACUUAGAGCAUCCACAGUGGGCGAUCAAACCCAUUUAUUUGGUCGAGGAACGAGACACAGUGGUACGGACUAAAGACUAAAAUCUGGACCAAAACCCAAAUUUCAGACUAUAUUUGGUCUGGGACCAAGACCAAAACCAAAUUUGGUCGAGCGGAGAUUAAAAGUUUGUCGGGAAUGGGGCGUAAGUAUAAAAUGCGCCUGACGAAAGUUUUUGAAUUAAAAAAAGAAAAAAAAAUA